AUGGUUGCCAAUCCCUUCAAGAGCGACAAGUCCGAGUCGGCCUCUGCCGACGCCGCGGACAAGAAGCCUGCCGCGCUUUCGGCGUUCCUGUCGCCCGCCUCGCGUUUUAUCAGCAAGAAGGACGACUCCAAGCAGCUGUCGCCCGACGACAUUGCCCUCAAGGUGGCCAGCAUGCUCAAGCCUGGCCCUCCCUUCUACAGUACCGUCUCGUCGGCCGACCUGAUCGACAACCUCGGUUCGGCAUCGAUUAUGAACUGCGACAGUCUGCGCGCAAAGGCGCAGGUGGCCAUGCAGUCCCAGGCCACGCAGCUCCAGAUUAACGGCGCCUCGUCGGCUACCGAGCCGACCGAAUGGCUUGGCGUGGGCACUGUCUGGACUGCUCUCAACGGCAUGCCAUCCGGCAGAAAGGCAUUCGUCAUUCCCAAUGACUCUACCACUGUCUCUGCCCAGUCCAAGGAUGACGACGACGACGAUGACGGCCUCUGGUCGAGCAUCAUGGUGUCCUGUGACACAAAGGGAGAAAACCUUGCCCUCGAGCGCUCUGUCGUCGUGCCGACGCAGGUGCUGCACACCAAUCAUUACUACCAGGGAAAUUCCAAGGCGCUUUUUACCACCAUUGGCGCAGGAAAAGAGUACAAGUGGGACAACUUUGCAGACUACAAGGACGACGGCGCGACCAAGAGCAUCGCCAGCUUCUUUGUCCUGCCCACGUCGUCGACCAUCGAGAUGUGGAACUGGCCGUCGUGGAUUCCCUUUCUGGGUGACAAGGACAAGGACAAGGACAAGGCCAAGGACGGAGAUAGCCAGAAGCCGGCCGAGGGUGGGACCACACCUACGGACAAUAAGAAGAAGCGUGUGUGGGUCGCCUCGACGUCAAAGAUCAGCUGCCACGCUACGUGGUGGGGCUACACGCUGUACCUGCCCAAGGCCGUCUUCUCUGAGAUCGAGUCAGACGUGGACCAGGCAGAAAAGAUUGCCAACAUCAUCCACACUGUCCUCACCACCAUCCUCGACAAGAUCUCGUCGCUGCCCAUCCCCAUCGCCCUGCAGGCCGUCGUGACGGUGCUCAAGGCCAUUGCUCCUUCUACCUCGUACAUCUCCACCUUCAUUGGCUGGUCCUGGGACCAGAUCAAGAGCUUCGACAAGGGUCAGGGCGUCGAGCUUUCGGCCACCUGGAUCCUGCCCAUUGCCCUGAUUCCGCACACGUGGGACGCACCCACGGCCCCGCCCGACAACAACGGCGAUGGCACGCCCGACGGUGCACCGGUCGCUGCCCCUCAGCAGCCUGCCGAAGGACAGCAGCCCGCGACGCCUGCGCCUGCUCCUCAGCAGCCUGCCACGCCUGCUGAGCCUGCCCCUUCCACACCUGCUGAUCCCGCUCCUGCUACACCUGCUCAGCCUGCCCCUGCUGCCCCUGCUGCCCCUGCUGCCCCUGCUGCCCCUGCUGCCCCUGCUGCCCCUGCUGCCCCUGCUGCCCCUGCUGCCCCUGCUGCCCCCGCUGCCCCCGCUGCCCCCGCUCAGCCUGCUGAACCAGAGCCUGCUGCGCCAGCCGCGCCCGUUCAACCCACUGAGCCAGCGACUCCCGCCGUGCCUACUGCGCCCUCGACGCAGACCCCCGAGGCACCCCAGGAGGACGACAAGGCGCCCGAAGCGACGUCGCCGGCUGAUCACACCGACAAGAAGGAGCCGGCAGCUACCACCCCUGCUGCGCCUGCGGUGCCCGCCACUCCUGCUACCCCUGCCACCCCGGCUGCACCCAAGCCCGAGGUGCCCGCGCCCGGUGCAACGGCCCCACCGGCCAAUCCCGACGUAUCGGACGGAAUUGACUGGAGCGACAACCCGAUCUAUGCGCCCGGAAAGGAGCCAUUGGGAGGUGACGUGCUGGGUCGGGGUGACCCCAACGUGGCUGCCCCGCCAUCGAUGGGCGACGCGCCGACGCCUACGCCUCCGGCCAACAACGACGGAGAUGACUCGGCCGACACGCCUGCGCCUGCCGCACCCGCCGCACCCGCUGCUCCAGCUGGCAAGACGGCCGCGUCCACCAAGAAGAAGCUCUUUGGAAAGAGUGUCAAGGCCUAG